CGCCCCUCUUUAGGGAGUGCAAUAUCACUCUCUUCUUCAACCCCUAAAACCCUAGUGGGUUACAGUCGCAUUCAGCUAUGCCCCAAAACGAAGACGUUCGCUUCACUUCAUCUUCUAUCAAACUCCCUAUCUUCUCUCCCCCUCAUCUACAUCACCAUACCCUAAACCCAUUCUUCACCAAUCUACACUUAAUUCUGCAAAAAUUUCCCAAAUUCCAACACCCAUUUCAUCAAAGUGAUGGAAUUUCCCAAACUUUAUCCAAAUUCACACACCCAUUUCAUCAAAAGUUCAAUCCCCAAAAUGCAAUUCUGCAAUUUCUAACAAAACCCAGAAACAUCAACCUAUUUUCAUGGAAUUUAUCAAGUACCCCUCUACUUUGCUGUGCAUCAAUUGCAUUAACUCAGAGCAACUUGGAUGGGAUUCCGUCUUCGGGCCCGAAAAUCGGCAGUGGGAACGAGGAGAGAGUUCUGAUCAGUGAAGUCUUAGUGAGAAAUAAGGAUGGCGAAGAACUUGAAAGGAAGGAUUUGGAGAGUGAGGCGUUGAAUGCACUCAAAGCAUGCCGACCCAAUUCGGCGCUUACUGUGCGAGAGGUGCAAGAGGAUGUGCAUAGGAUUGUUGCUAGUGGCUACUUUUGCUCUUGCAUGCCUGUUGCUGUGGAUACUAGAGAUGGUAUUCGCUUGGUAUUCCAGGUAGAACCAAACCAAGAGUUCCAUGGUUUGGUAUGUGAAGGAGCAAGUGUGCUUCCAGCAAGGUUUAUAGAGGAUUCUUUUCGAGAUGGAUAUGGAAAAAUUGUUAAUAUCAAGCGGAUAGAUGAAAUAAUAAGCUCUAUAAAUGGUUGGUACAUGGAGCGGGGUCUUUUUGGAUUGGUAUCGGGUAUAGAGAUGCUCUCUGGAGGUAUGAUUAGGCUAGAAGUUUCUGAAGCAGAGGUGAAUAACAUAGCCAUCCGUUUCCUUGAUAGGACUGGUGAGCCAAGUGUAGGGAAAACAAGGCCUGAAACUAUACUUCGGCAGCUUACUACUAAGAAAGGACAGGUUUACAGCAUGCUUCAAGGGAAAAGAGAUGUGGACACUGUCUUAGCUAUGGGCGUUAUGGAAGAUGUUAGCAUUAUUCCCCAACCUGCUGGAGACACUGGUAAGGUAGACUUAGUUAUGAAUGUUGUUGAGCGCAAGAGUGGGGGUGGUAUUUCUGCCGGUGGUGGAAUUUCUAGUGGGAUCACAAGUGGACCCCUUGCUGGAUUGAUUGGCAGUUGUGCGAUAUAUCACAAGAAUCUUUUCGGGAGAAAUCAAAAGCUGAAUUUGUCGCUAGAGCGGGGGCAAAUUGACUCGAUCUUUCGGAUAAAUUAUACAGUUCCAUGGAUUGAAGGAGAUGAUAAGAGGACUUCAAGGUCAAUUAUGAUACAGAAUUCGAGGACACCUGGCACACUUGUUCAUAAUCACCCUGGUGGUAGCCUGACGAUUGGACGUGUGACGGCGGGGAUUGAAUACAGUCGGCCAUUCAGGCCAAAGUGGAAUGGGACAGCCGGAAUGGUAUUUCAGCGUGCUGGUGCUCGGGAUGACAAGGGGAAUCCUAUUAUAAGGGACUACUACAGUAGUCCACUUACUGCAAGUGGCAACACUCACGAUGAUAUGUUACUUGCCAAGCUUGAGACUGUCUAUACUGGUUCUGGUGACCCUGGUUCUUCAGUGUUUGUUUUCAACAUGGAUCAGGGACUUCCUGUGUGGUCAGAGUGGCUAGUUUUCAACAGAGUCAAUGCUCGUGCUAGAAAAGGAUUGGUAUUAGGUCCUAUGCGUCUUCUCCUUAGCUUCUCUGGUGGUCAUGUGGUCGGUAAUUUUCCACCUCAUGAAGCAUUUGUGCUUGGUGGAACCAAUAGUGUAAGAGGAUAUGAAGAAGGCACAGUUGGCUCUGGUCGGUCUUAUGUGGUUGGCUGUGGAGAAAUUUCCUUCCCUCUGAUGGGGCCAGUAGAAGGGGCUGUAUUUGCUGAUUAUGGCACAGACCUUGGAUCUGGUCCAACUGUUCCUGGUGAUCCUGCUGGAGCAAGGCUAAAACCUGGAAGUGGAUAUGGAUGUGGGGUUGGUAUUCGCGUAGGCUCGCCACUGGGACCUUUAAGACUAGAGUACGCCUUCAAUGACCAACGGACCGGGAGGUUUCACUUUGGGGUUGGCCUAAGGAACUGAUACUAUUCCUUACCUCUUUUUGUUGGACAUUUUUAUCUUCUUAUUCUUUUGGUUUGCUUUCUUAGGUUAAUUCAUUUACAUCUCUCUCGGGUUUGAAUGUAACAUGCACGUAGUGUUUAGAAGGCCCCAUUCGCGGCUCCUUGAACUUGACUAAAAUUUCCAUUCACACCCGAACUAAGGGCGUGACCUAUUAAACACUUGAAGUCUAUAAAAUUUACAACAGCAUA